CCGCGACGCGGCGGUGAAGGAACUCUUACAUUCACCGGAAAAUAAUAUAAUAAUAUUAGCUCCCGUUUGUUCUUCCCGGCAUACUGUAGCAUUUGCUUCUGGAUAUGCCGCCUGCACUCUCUUUUAUAUAUCUGAACUGUAGGGCCUCAGGCGUCACUCCGGUCAUCGUUCUUUAAGUUUGAUUCUCCAUCGAGAGGAUGGAGGAGUUCACAAUGUCCGUGGAAGAAGGCCUGAGGCUGGCGAAGCGUGUGUACGCUGGUAAGGACCGAUAUGCGGAGGCGCCUCCGAGGCAAACGGCCGAGAUGGAAAGGUCGAGAGCCUCUCUCAUCCCGAAGGCGCCGAUGUUGUAUGCGGUGAUCGUCGACCCAGCAAUCGUGGACAAUCCGGACAUUCCGAGCUACCAGCCGCACGUUUACGGACGGUGUGAUCCGCCAGCGUUGAUUCCGCUCCAUAUGAAGGAAAUUGCGGUGACGACUGAUUGCUAUAUUGACACGGCAUUUAUCAGUGUCCGAGGGCGCUGGCGGCUUCACUGUGUGAUGGGCAGCCGGAGGUGUGACUGCCGCCUCGUGGUUCCCUUUGGGGAGCAGGGUUCAAUUCUAGGUGUUGAGGUAAAUUUUGCUAGGAGAUCAUACUUUACUCAGGUGGUUCAUAGAGAAGUUGAUCAGAACAAGGAGAAAUUCAUAAAGAAUGAACAUAAAGGCUUCCUGAAACCCACUAUUUUCUCGUUGAUGAUUCCUCAGGUUGAUGGUGGAUGUGAGAUAUCUAUUUAUAUCAGCUGGUCUCAAAAAUUGCUAUACAAGGAUGGCCAUUUUUCAUUUAGAAUGCCUUUUACUUUUCCUGAAUAUGUUACUCCAUUUACUAGAAUGGCUGAGAAACAAGAGAAGAUACAGUUAAAUGUGAAUACUGGCACUGAAAAGGAAGUUAUUUUCCAUGAAUUAACCCAUGCUUUAAAGGAAAAGAGUCGGCAUGUAGGGAGAUUCUCGUUCUUGUACGAGGCUGAUGCAGAAAAUUGGUCAACUAAAGAUUUUGAAUUUUCUUAUAGUGUUUUCUCAAGUGAUAUAUAUGGAGGUAUAAUGUUGAACUCUCCUUCAAUGCAUGAUCUAGAUCAAAGAAAUAUGUUCUGCCUAUGCCUUUAUCCUGGGAGUAAUCAGAUGGGGAAGGUUUUCAGAAAGGAAGUCAUAUUUCUCGUUGAUAUAAGUGGAAGCAUGCAAGGAAAGCCUCUUGAGAGUGUUAAGAGUGCUCUACUUUCAAUUCUUCCAGAGCUUGCCCCAACUGAUUGCUUCAACAUAAUAGCUUUCAACGAAGAGAUGUACUCUUUCUCAUCAUUUCUGGAACCCGCUAAUGUGGACCUGCUAGAAAGCACUACGCAGUGGAUAAGCAAAAAUUUGAUCGCAUGUGGUGGGACAAAUAUUAUGCGACCCCUGAAUGAGGCGUUGAGGAUGUUUGAUGAAAAUUCCAUUCAGUCGCUAGGUUUGUUAUCUAAAACAAAGGACGCAGUCCCAUAUAUUUUUCUCGUAACUGAUGGAGCAGUUGAGAAUGAACGAACUGUUUGUCACACUGUAAAAUCUCACGUAGAAAAUGGAGGAUCUUUGUCCCCAAGAAUCUGCACUUUUGGCAUAGGUUCAUAUUGCAACCAUUAUUUCUUGCAAAUGUUGUCAUCAGUUAGUAGAGGUAAAUAUGGUGCUGCAUAUGAUCAAGAUUCCAUUGAGCCAGAAAUGCAAAAAUGGUUCAGGAAGGCUUUGUUUCCUGUGCUUACAAAUAUUACUGUUGAUGCCUUUGAUGAUCUUAAGGCUUUCGAGGUAUAUCCUUGGAAACUUCCUGAUCUUUUAAUUGAAUGCCCCUUGAUAAUAUCUGGAAGAUACGAGGGUAAAUUUCCAAACACUGUUAAAGUUGAAGGUAGAUCGGCUGACAUGAAUGAAAAAGUUAUCAAUUUGAAGGUGCGAAAUUCAACGGACAUACCUAUUGAAAAGGUAUUUGUUAAGCAACAAAUUGACCUACUCACAGCUCAGGCUUGGUUCUUUGAAAGCAUGGAACUUGAAGAGAAGAUCGCUAAAUUAAGUAUACAGUGGGGUAUUCCGUCAGAGUAUACACUUAUGAUCGUUAGAAUUGAGGCAGUGGAGCAGGACAUGAUGAAAAAG